AUGGGACAACCACAACAACAAGCCGCUUCGUCGGGAGGCUCAAGAAAGAUUUCGUUCAAUGUCUCAGACCAAUAUGACAUUCAGGAUGUCAUUGGCGAAGGCGCAUAUGGCGUUGUCUGUUCAGCCUUGCAUAAGCCGUCCGGCCAGAAAGUAGCGAUCAAGAAGAUCACUCCAUUCGACCAUUCCAUGUUCUGUUUACGCACGUUACGAGAAAUGAAACUGCUACGAUACUUCAAUCACGAAAACAUCAUCUCCAUUCUCGAUAUCCAAAAGCCACGAAAUUAUGAAUCCUUCACAGAGGUCUAUCUGAUUCAGGAACUGAUGGAGACCGAUAUGCACCGCGUCAUCAGAACUCAAGACCUCUCGGAUGACCAUUGCCAGUAUUUCAUCUAUCAGACUCUCCGUGCUCUCAAGGCCAUGCAUUCUGCAAAUGUCUUGCACCGCGACUUGAAACCUUCGAAUCUUCUGCUCAAUGCGAAUUGCGACCUCAAAGUCUGCGACUUUGGGCUGGCCAGAUCCGCCGCGUCUGCAGACGACAACUCGGGCUUCAUGACUGAAUACGUGGCGACCAGAUGGUAUCGUGCCCCGGAAAUCAUGCUCACGUUCAAGGAAUACACCAAAGCUAUCGAUGUGUGGAGCGUCGGUUGCAUUCUUGCAGAGAUGUUGAGCGGCAAACCACUAUUCCCGGGCAAAGAUUACCAUCAUCAACUUACGCUGAUCCUGGAUGUCCUCGGCACUCCCACCAUGGAAGACUACUACGGCAUCAAGUCUCGACGGGCCCGCGAGUAUAUCCGAUCGCUUCCGUUCAAGAAGAAGAUCCCCCUCAAGGCUUUGUUCCCCAAGACAUCCGAUCUCGCGUUAGACCUCCUCGAAAAAUUGCUCGCCUUCAACCCGGUCAAGCGUAUCACAGUCGAAGACGCCCUCAAGCACCCGUACCUGGAACCCUACCACGAUCCCGAUGACGAACCCACAGCCGAACCGAUCCCGGAGGAGUUCUUUGACUUUGAUCGUAACAAGGAUCAAUUGAGCAAGGAGGAACUGAAAGCCUUGAUUUGGAAUGAGAUCAUGAGAUGA